UCUUGGCACAGCACCCUGGUUAAAGGGGAGGGGGCAGAGAAAGUACCUCAUAUCAUCACCGCAAUCUCUUUAUUUAUUUUUUUAAUAUAUAUCCAUAUAAACAAGCAGGUGAUAGUAUCAAACAAUGGGGAACCGAGACGACGAGUAUGACUUCUUGUUCAAAGUUGUACUCAUCGGAGACUCUGGUGUGGGGAAGAGUAACCUGCUGUCCCGCUUCACAAGAAAUGAGUUCAACCUGGAGAGCAAGAGCACCAUCGGGGUGGAGUUCGCCACCCGCAGCAUCCAGGUGGACGGCAAGACGAUAAAGGCUCAGAUUUGGGACACGGCCGGACAGGAACGCUACAGAGCGAUCACCUCAGCGUAUUACCGGGGCGCCGUUGGGGCUCUCCUAGUUUACGACAUCGCCAAGCACCUGACGUACGAGAACGUCGAACGCUGGCUGAAGGAGCUGAGGGACCACGCCGACAACAACAUCGUCAUCAUGCUGGUGGGAAACAAGAGCGACCUCCGCCACCUCAGGGCAGUGCCCACCGACGAGGCUCGAGCCUUCGCAGAAAAGAACACUCUCUCAUUUAUUGAGACUUCAGCGCUGGACUCCACAAAUGUAGAAGAAGCAUUCAAGAACAUUUUAACAGAAAUCUACCGCAUCGUGUCGCAGAAGCAGAUAGCGGACAGAUCUGCACACGACGAGUCUCCGGGCAACAAUGUAGUGGACAUAAGUGUCCCCCCGACCACUGAUGGGCAGAAAGGCAACAAACUCCAGUGCUGCCAGAGCCUGUGACGCUCCAUGACACUCAUCUACACAUCCACCAUCCUCAUCACAUCACCCGUGCACUUUUUCCCACCCUCCCUCGUUGCUCUGCUCACAGCCAACUCCCUCGUCACUCUAUCCUUUUUUCUUUUUCUGCCUUUUAUUCUGUUUUACAUAGGACUGCUGUUUGAACUCACUCGUGCUCUUCUCUUCCGCCAUGAAAGCAAACUUCAAGAAGCCUUUAUGUCACUUGGUCAGUCGAGUUGUCCGUGGAGUCAAUGUGAAGGUUCCUGCAAUGCAGGAACAAGGCAG